CGCAUUCACCAAAACCCACAUAGUUCAAUCCUGACCUGAUAGUGGCAUUUCCAGUCACCUACCAGCAUCACCGGGAUCGUUUUGUGAAACCUCCCAAUCACCAUCUCCUCAACCCCAACACCCAAGACUCGAAUCCACUCAGAUGGUCAAAGUGAUCAUCUUCGGCGCAACCGGCGCGGUCGCCUCAGCCACCGCCUGCGCCGCCCAUGCCUGGGGCGCCAGCGUCGUCCUCGCCGCCCGCGACACCACCAAGUCCAUCCCAGCCCUAACACCGGAAGCCGAGAAGAACGGCUCCUACCAACGCGUCCAUGCCGACCUGACCGACCCCGAAACCAUCCGCCACGCGGUCACCACCACGAACGCCACCCGGGCAUUUGUCUACACCGUCUUUGGCGCCCCGGACCACAUGCGUGCCAGCCUGGAGGCCAUGAGAUCCGCCGGCAUCGAGCACGUGGUCUACCUGAGCAGCUUUGCGGUGAAGGGUGAACCUGGUAGUGUCGGACCGGAGAAUUUCAUUGCAUAUGCCCAUGCGCGGGUGGAAGUUACCUUGAAUGAGGUGUUUGGGUCGUCGGGGUAUGUUGCUGUUCGACCGAGUUUCUAUGCUACCAACAUCCGAUGGUGGUUAGCUGCUUCUGCCGAGGGGAGAGUGGGGAUGGCGUAUCCAGAGGCGAAGUUUGAUUUGGUGGUUCCGGAGGAUAUUGGCCGGGUUUGUGGGACUCUCCUUGCGCAGGGCAGCAGUGUGGUGCAGGGCAACUUUGUGAAUCUGCUGGGGCAGGAGGAGCUUGCGCUGGGAGAUGCUGCUCGGUUGCUGAGUCGAGAAACCACCGGCCAAGAGGUGGAGGUUGUCACAGUUGGCGAGGAGGAAGAGAUCGAGUGCUUGGUUGCCAAGCUCGGGUUCCCUGAGCCGCUGGCGCGGGCUGUUGUGCAGCAGAAUCGGGAACAGAGCCUUGGUCUUGGUCGUGGGCUUGUCGAUUUUGCAACGGACGCGGACUAUGCACGGAAUGUGCAUCGCAUCACCGGGAGUCAGCCCACAGCGUUCGGGGAAUGGGCUCAGCAGGCGUGA